AUGAGCCCAAGCGCCAUUUCGUCCAACAACACCUCGGCCAGUGUCUCCAUCGAUAAGUUCGAUGGGGACAACUACUCAACCUGGUGUCGCUACAUGCGCGGCGUGUUUCUGACGAAGUCAGUCUGGUACGUCGUGAACCGCGAAACGUCUCCAACCUUCACCGACACGCGAGCUUCCGACGAGUACGUCAAGGCGAGCAACAUCGCGUUCGGGUUGAUGUUGCUCCACAUGGACGCCGACUACCACCAUGUGGUCGACAACUGUGAAGAAGCAUGGACAGCGUGGUCGCGGUUGAAGAUGCUCUAUGGUGGGUCGCAGAAGGCGGGACGCAUCUACCUCAAGCGCCAGCUGUUCAGCAUCAAGAUGACGGAAGGUGCCAACGUCUUGCACCAUUGCAACGAAGUCUUGAACAUCGGCGCCAAGCUCAGCAGCAUCGGUGCCAAGAUGGAAGACGAAGACAUUGCGAUCUGCUUACUGCGCAGUCUGCCCAAUAGUUUCGAGAACGUGGUUCUCAACUUGGAGAUGAGCAAUGCAGAGCUGCGCACGCAAGAUGUGGUCAAGGUGCUGACUAACGAGCACAUCAAGCGACAAGGCGAGAAGAUGACAACGGCAACGACAACGUUGAAGACUGAAGAUGCGACAAAGGCAUUCAGUACCGAGCGCAAGCCCUACCAAUGCACAUACUGCGGCAAGGUGGGGCACACGGCAGAGCGUUGCUGGACGAAGCAAAAGGAUGAAAGUCGAGGAGCCCAACGCGGCGGCAAUGGUCGUCGACGCGGGUCAAACAAUGUCCACUGGCGACAUUAUGAUGAAGGCAACAGCUACGAUCGAGUGGCGUUUGCAGUUUCGUUCGAAUGCGGAGUUUCGACGAACAAGAAUGGACCAGGAAUCUUGGUCGAAGGCAAUGAUGGCGAGAUCCUGGUGGCUGAUGGCAACAAGGCGGCCAUCAAAGGUGUGGGGACCAUCGUGGAAAAGGUGAUUCUGCCAAACGGGGACGAGCGCGAGAUCGAGAUCAAGAACGCGCUCUAUGUGCCCAGCAUGAGCAAAAAUCUGCUCGCGGUGCCCCAGAUUAACAAGCACGGCAACUUCCAAGUGGUGUUUGACGGGGAUACGAUGUACGUCGCUCGCAAGGAUUCCAAUCAAGUGGUGGCAGCUGCGGAUCUUGUAGACGGACUCUACUGGCUUCGCACGACGCAGCGAUCGGCCAAUGCGACAUCACUCAACAACGCUGUUGAUCUACAUGCACGUAUGGGUCAUGCUCCAGUCGACGUGCUUCGCAAGAUGGUGACAAGCCACAUGAUCAAAGGACGCUCACAUCCCUUCCAAGCCGAAUGGAUCAAGUGUGUGUCGAGGAUGCCAAGAAGGGAAGAUGGUCCAAAAACCAUUCCCGAGCAACCGUGA